GAUCACUGCUCACUCUCACAUCUAUGAGUGCCUGUCAUUCUUCUCAUACACACUCUGGUCCACCUCAGCAUGGAUUGUAAGGGCUUUCGAACACCUCAACAUAGCCUGUCAGCUGUGAGGGAAGAGGAAUGAAAGGCUGGUGACUCUCUGGCUCCCUAAAAACACUCGAGGCAGCUCCUAUAUUUACCAAGCAUGCCUGAAUCAAAACUUCAAAUAGUGACUGGUAGAGGCUGCACAGCAGAUGUAGAAGUGGGCUAUGCUAGAGAACGACUCGUGAACUAUUUAAUGACAUGUGAGGAGGAUAGUCUUGGGAAAACUGAGCUGGCAGAUGCAAUUCAAUAUCAAACCACUUGUCAGCUGGAAUCCAAGUUGCCUUGUGUUGGGACUCUUCCACCGUGGGAAUCCAAGAAAUGAGAACCAUCUCCCUGCACUGAUAAGGUGUCAUCGCAGCUUCCCCAGAGCAGAGACAUGACAAUUUCCUUUUUCAACACAAAUGACUGAUGAGAACCGAGGGCUGCUUUUUCCAGGUUUCCUCAUUCAGUCAUUCAAAGAAGAAGCUUGGUGACAAGAGGUCAACUUCUUAAUAAUUUUCUCUUCAUCAGUUGCUCCAGUUCUAAUUUAAUGUUCAGCUUGGAGGAAGAAAAUCUGACCCCUCCGCUCACCUGUUGAUGCUUUGUUUUAUUUAUUUUUUUGGAGACAAAAGUCCUCUUAAGCCAGCCAUUAUGAAAUGGGAGAAGUUAAAGCCCCCUGAGCCCGAUGAUCCCAUGUGCUGCUGUGAGUGUGAUAUGGACCAGUGCGCAUGUUGCUGUGACUGUGAUGAUCUGGAUGAAGCCUUUAACAGGUGGCUGAAGGACAGACCAUCUAAAGGUGGAUGUCAUUCUCCUGUACUGGCAGCCGUGGCUGACAAGCUGGAGAUCUCCAUGAUCCCAGCCCUGGUGCUUCUCCCUUUACUGCUACGGGUGGCAGCACUGCACUACCUGCUGGGUAUCAUUAUCCUGACUGCUCUACCCGGCCUGGUGCUGUGGUACUACUACGCCACUCACAGAAAGAAGAGACGCACCCUCUUCUUCCUCACUCUUGCACUCUACUCCCUGUUCUACAUGUAUUUUCUUUUCAUCACAGAGAUUGUACCACAUGGGGAUGUCACCCAGCUGCAGUUGUUUACUGCCACUUCUGGAGUGGUACUCACUCUCAUUUCUCUUAUUCACACCAAGAGAGGCCCUGGGUUUGUGACAGCUUCCCUGCAUGAAGCACACAAACACAGACAGGAAGCUAACAAUGACUCAGAACACCUAGAUGGACUACUCCAACCCGCAGCCUCCUCAAGUGAAGCAGAAGAGCUGCAGAUAACAAAAGAAGUGCCGACAGAAAAAUGGGGCAGGUGUUCUGUGUGUAAAAUAAUGCGACCUCCGCGGGCUGGACACUGUCGAACCUGUGGAUCCUGUGUCCAGCGUCUGGACCACCACUGUAUCUGGAUAAACAGCUGUGUUGGACAAGCAAACCAUCGCAGCUUCCUGCUGACCCUCUGCGUGUUCCUGUUGACCUCUCUGUAUGGCAUCAGUUUGGUGCUGUGCAGCAUCUGUCCCCGACAGUAUCUCAUGACGUCCCUCCUCUACUGCCCAGGUGUCUACAGCCAGCCAAGCACAGCGCUCUGCUUCACCUGUGUAUGGUACAGCAGCAUCGUCACAGCUGGAUUGCUUUAUUUAUUAGUAGCACAGGUUCUGAACAUCAGCUUCAAUGUGACGGAGCGAGAGGCUCUGCUGGCUCUGAGGAACAAAACAGGCCAGAGCCGCCUGUGGGGACUCGUCAUCGACACGGGGGAGUAUUCACGUGGCUUAUACCAGAACUGGGUUGAGUUUCUCACCAUGGCAGAGGCCUCGGUUUCUCCUCGCACCAGCCUUACUGACUUGGUCUAGUUUUGUUUUGCACCCAGUAGCAGCAUCAUGAUAACAGACUUUAAAUACAGCAUGUUUGAGCUCUCAUGUCAUGUUUUUAAAGAUAGAGCAGCUUGCAACUUUCAAAGCUCAUUUCAUUCCAGCCUCAAAAUGAUUGUUUACGAGACAACACAAUUAUACUUGGACAUUGUUGUACAAUUAUCCAUAUGUGGAAAUACCCUGCUGACAUUAAGGUGCAAGUUGUUGUCAUGUUACUGUGCAUAUGCUGUCUAUACCUGCAGGAAGCCAGCAUAAUUGAUGCCUGCUGACUGAAUCUGAAACAUCUUUGACUGCAUGUCAGUUAAAGAGAUUCAUACAGAAAUCUAAUAAAAACCUUCAUUAAAAACCCUGUCUACUGCCGGAUAUUCAUGUCACUGUGCUGACAUAUAAAAUUCUGGAGUUAAUGGACAAAUAAGUGCUGGAAUUCUGGUAUCAUAAAGCCUGAGAUAAAGAGAAUGACAUAGAAAGACAAGUCUGUGCACACUUUCACCGCGUCAUUGGUUUUGGAAAUAUUUGUAAAUUAACUUAUUUAGUUGUGUAUAUAUGUUUUGUAUAUAUGUUGUAAGAU